AUGCAGACUGCUUCUACAAACAUUUGUGAAAGACUGUCCAAUAAGUCUAUCCAUGAAAUUUCCUUGCUACUAAAUAUUCCACAGUCAACUCUUAGUGGUAUUAUAACAAAGUGGAAGCAAUUGGGAAGAACAGCAACUCAGCCAUGAAGUGGUAGGCCACAAAAAAUGACCGAGCGGGGUCAGUUCAUUCUGAAGCGAACAGUGCGCAGAAGUUGCCAACUUUCUGCAAAGGUAAUAGCUAAAGCUUCCAAACUUGGUGUGGCCUUCAGAUUAGCACAAGAGUGCGUAGAGAGCUUCAUGGAAUGGGUUUCCAUGGCUGAGCAGCUGCAUCCAAGCCUUGCAUCACCAACUGCAAUGCAAUGCGGCCGAUGCAGUGGUGUAAAGGACGCCGCCACUGGACUCUAG